CGAUGGUUUUUUAGUGAUCUACUGUUCUUCCCGAAGCCCAGCCGUCCAUUGAUUUGAACCUAGAAACCUCAAAAGCCUCAUAGCAGCCAUUACAUCAAACAAAGGUGUCUGAAAAUGGCGUUUACCACUGCUCGUCGAACACUUACAUCUCUCAUAUCUCGAACCAUUCUCCGUAACUCUUCUUCCCCUUCACCUACCACUCUAUUUUCUCUCUCUUUAAUCCAAACCCAUUUACAACACUUGCUCAAUCCUAACCCCAUUCCCAAUCAGACCCGAUUAAAAACAUCCGGGUCAGGCUACUCCCCUCUUAACGACCCGUCCCCAAACUGGACCAAUCGCCCACCAAAAGAAACCAUUUUACUGGAUGGCUGCGAUUAUGAACAUUGGCUUAUUGUUAUGGAGUUUCCAGAUGAUGCUAAACCCUCUAAUGAAGAAAUGGUCAAUACUUAUGUCAAAACCCUUGCUCAAGUUGUUGGAAGUGAGGAGGAGGCCAAGAAGAAGAUUUACUCUGUUAGUACCACUACUUAUACUGGCUUUGGUGCCUUGAUUUCUGAGGAGUUAUCCUACAAAGUUAAAGAGUUACCUGGUGUUUUGUGGGUCUUGCCCGACUCUUAUCUUGACGUGCCAAAUAAAGACUAUGGAGGCGAUCUUUUUGUUGACGGGAAGGUUAUUCGAAGGCCACAGUAUGAUUACAGCGACAGGCAGCAGAAUACAAGAACUAGGUCUCGGCCACGAAAUGACAGGCGCCGUGAACGGAUCCAGAAUGUUGAUAGAGCACCGAUACAGACACAACGACCAAAUUGGGCACAAGACAAUGCACAGGCGACACAGCAGCCAAUGUCAAUGAAUAAUCCUACAACUCGAACGCAAGGAGACAAUUCUGAUGCAAUGUAGGAUCACAUUUAAUCAAUCAAAAGCGGGUUUUUGUGGUAUGUUUGGUUUGGAUAGCAACGGCCAACAAGAAUUAGAGAGAAAGACAGAGAAGGUUAUGAAGGAGAGUGGAAAAAGGACUGAUUCUUAUUCUAAAACUUAAUUUGGUUGAUUAGUAAAGUAAAGGACUUAUCCAAAAUGGUUGUUUUUCCCAGUGCAUAUACAAAGAAUGGAAAAUGUUUCUUAUCAAUCGAUCGGGUUGGUUUUAGGUUAGUCAGAUAUAACUCAAUGGGUCAUAGAUUUAUUAUUGUUAUUAUUGUUGAAUUGAAUAUCAAUGUCGUCUCCAUUAGUGUAUGGACUAUUUUUGUUGUUGAAUUGCAAUAGCCAAUAUUUUGCACUAAAUUUCACUACCUAUUUAAGAAGGCACUUUAGUGGACAAAGCGUAGAAAAAUUCACCGGAGUUGUAAUUAAAGAUGUGCAAAAUGCACUCGACUCGAAUUUAUUAUUUGAAAUUAAUGGAAAAACUAAUUCAAAUUCAA